GAUGGUCCAGGGGACAGUGAUCCGUGUGGCCCCGGAGCAGCCCACCCAUGCUGUGUGCGUGCUAGGCACCGACACUCAGCUGGAUGUCUGCAGCUUUGCUCCCAAGGAUUACACCUCCUUCAGCAUCCGUGCGCCCCCAGACGUGGUCGUGGAUGUCACCCACAGCUCUCCAGCCAAGAAGAAUCCCACGGGUUCCUCCAAAUGGCCCCUGGACCCCAGGCUGGAGGUGGCCCUGCGGAUGAAAGCCACCAGCAGCAGCACGGGCGACCAGAAGGUUCAAAUUUCGUACUACGGACCCAAGACCCCUCCAGUGCAAGCUCUCCUCUACGUCACGGCUGUGGAAAUCUCCCUGCUGGCGGAUGUCACCCGCUCUGGCAAAGUGAAGCCAACCAGCUCCAUGAAAGACCAGAGCACCUGGACCUGGGGCACCUCCGGACAAGGUGCCAUUCUGCUAGUAAACUGUGACAGGGACAAUCGCAAGUCCUCCCACACGGACUGUGAGGAUGAGGAGGUGCUGGACAGCAAAGACUUGCAGGACAUGUCGCUGAUGACCCUGAGCACAAGGACCCCCAGAGACUUCUUCACCAAGCACCGGUUGGUGCUGCACGUGGCCAAGUCGGAGAUGGACAGAGUGAGGGUCUUCCAGGCCACACGGGAAAACCUGCCCUGUAAGUACGAGGUGGUCCUGGGGCCCGAGCAGCCGUGUCAUCCCCUGGAACUCCCAGGGGGCCAGCACAACACAGACUUCUAUGUGGAGGGCCUCACUUUCCCUGACGCUGACUUCCCAGGACUCAUUUCCAUCCGCAUCUCCCUGCUGGACAUCUCUAACCCGGAGCUCCCCGAAGCCCUGAUUUUCCAGGACAGCGUAGCCUUCCGUGUGGCCCCCUGGAUCAUGACCCCCAAUACCCAGCCUCCCCAGGAGGUGUACAUGUGCAGUAUUUUUGGAAAUGAAGACUUCGUGAAGUCAGUGUCUGCUCUGGCCAAGAAAGCCAAGUGCAAGGUGACCGUCUGCCCUGAGGAGGAGAACCAGGACGACCAGUGGAUGCAGGAUGAAAUGGAGAUUGGCUACAUCCAGGCACCACACAGAACGAUGCCCGUGGUGUUCGACUCCCCGCGGAACCGAGGCCUGCAGGACUUCCCCAUCCAACGCGUCCUGGGUCCAAAUUUUGGCUACGUGACCCGAAUGCCCCUACCAGAGGAAGUCACCGGGCUGGAUUCAUUUGGGAACCUGGAGGUGAGCCCCCCGGUGACCGUCGGGGAGAAGGAGUACCCGCUGGGCAGGAUCCUCAUCGGGGGCAGCUGCUACCCCAGCAUGAGGAGCCGGGAGGUGCACCAGGUCCUGCAGGACUUCCUGGCGGCCCAGCGGGUGCAGGCACCUGUGCGGCUCUACUCCGACUGGCUGUACGUAGGCCACGUGGACGAGUUCCUGAGCUUCGUUCCUGCGGCCGACAGGAAGGGCUUCCGGCUGCUGCUGGCCAGCCCCAGGUCCUGCUACGAGCUUUUCCAGGAGCAGCAGCGGCAGGGCCACGGGGAGGCGUCGCUGCUGGAAGGGCUCAAGAAGAAGAAGAAGCAGAAAAUAAAGGCCAUUCUGUUGGACAAGGCAUUGAAAGAGCAGAACUCGUAUGUGCAGCGCUGCAUCGACUGGAACCGCGUGGUGCUGAAGCGUGAGCUGGGCCUGGAGGAGGGUGACAUCAUCGAUGUCCCGCAGCUCUUCAACCUGACCACCAAGUGGGGCCUCAAGGCUCAGGCCUUCUUCCCCAAUAUGGUGAACAUGCUGGUGCUGGGGAAGCAUGUGGGCAUCCCCAAGCCCUUCGGGCCCAUCAUCAACGGCCGCUGCUGCCUGGAGGAGAAGGUGCGCUCGCUGCUGGAGCCGCUGGGCCUCCACUGCACCUUCAUCAAUGACUAUGACAGCUACCACGUUCGCCACGGGGAGGUGCACUGCGGCACCAACGUGCGCCGGAAGCCCUUUGCCUUCAAGUGGUGGCACAUGGUGCCCUGAGCCACCCGCCCUGGCAGUCUCUCCAUGUACCCAAGCUUCCAGCAGAGGCUUGCUGCCUCCCCUGCGCCCCCUCCUGGUCCUGCUGUGCUCCCCAAAUUGGUCCCAGCAGUGCAAACUGAGCCCUGCACUGAAAAGCUAACAACAAUGAGUUGUUUUUAGUCACUUUGUA